AUGGGGAUCAAGCACGAUGGACCAACCAGCCUGUAUGCUGACAACAGCACCGACGACUUUGCUCACAACAAUCCCACAGCUGAGCGAGACGGUCUCCUCAUUCCAGACCGCGAUGAGACUGGCUAUCAGAUUCGUGAACAGCCCUAUGGUACCAAGCGAAAGACCAAGGUGAUUUUGAUGGGCGCUGGAGCUUCUACGCUCAACUUUCUCAAGGUUGCUGGUGAAAGAAUGCAGAACUUGGAGGUCGUGAGUUAUGAGAAGAAUCGAGAUGUUGGAGGAACAUGGUUCGAGAACAGAUAUCCGGGUUGCGCCUGUGACAUUCCUUCUGUAAACUAUCAAUUCUCGUGGGCCAUCAAGUUAUGGACUGCCUUUUACUCAAGCUCUCCUGAGAUCUGGGAAUACAUCAAUGGUCUCUACGAGAAGUACGAUUUGAAGAAGCAUGUCAAACUGAGGCACCAAAUCAGCCACGCAGAAUGGAACGAAACAACUGGACGAUGGGCGUUGCAAGUCAAGAAUCUUGAGACUGGCGAAGAGUUUACGGACGAGGCAGAGUACUUUAUCAAUGCUGGAGGCGUUUUGAAUAACUUCAAGCUUCCAGAUAUCGAAGGCCUAGACAAGUACAAAGGAAAGGUCAUGCAUUCCGCUGCUUAUGAAGAAGGAUACGAUUUGAAGGACAAGAAGGUUGCGGUCGUCGGUUCUGGAUCAUCAGGCGUGCAAAUCGUUGCCAAGAUCAUAGGGGAAGUGAAUCAGCUCUACCACUGGGUGCGCUCACCAAUCUGGAUCACCGCGGCCUUUGCUCAAACUUGGGCAGGAAAGGAUGGUGCCAACUUCAAGUACAGCGAGGAGCAAUUGAAGUUUCUUGAGGAAAAYCCCAAAGCAUACCUAGAGUACCGAAAGCAAAUUGAGGACGAGCUCAACCAGCGCUUCAAAUUCAUCAUCAAAGGAUCCAAGGAAGCUGCUGAGGCUCGAAACUUCUCUUACGAUCAAAUGUCGCGCAAAUUGAACGGGGAUGAACGUCUUUGUGAUAAGAUCAUCCCCAAGAACUUCAACCCUGGUUGUAGAAGACCUACGCCAGCUCCGGGUUAUCUCGAAGCUUUGAUAGCACCCAACGCCACCAUCUUCACAGAAGCGAUUGGAGAAUUCACUGAGAGUGGAUUCAAAGACCAAGACGGCAAGGACCAUGACGUUGAUGUUGUGAUUUGCGCAACAGGAUUCGAUACUUCAUGGCUUCCACGCUUUCCUAUCCGCGCUUUCRGCCAAGACAUUCGAGAUAUCUGGAAUGAGAAGGACGGCGUGACGUCCUAUCUAUCGAUUGCUGUGCCAGACAUGCCAAACCACUUCACGUUCUGCGGGCCGUACGGCCCCCUGGGACAUGGGUCUUUCAUGCCGCUUAUCGAGAGAUGGACUACGUAUAUCCUCGAUGUGAUUGACAAAAGCCAAGAGGAGAACAUCAAGAGCUUCACGCCAAAGAUGGCUCCCAGCAGACAAUUCCGACAGCAUGCUGACUUAUUCCUGCAACGGACGGCGUGGACGAGUCCCUGUCGAUCAUGGUUCAAGCAGGGCAAGAAGGAUGGUCAAGCAGCCAUAUAUCCCGGUUCAAGGCUGCACUUCCUGCAUUUGAUGUCCAAAGUCCGCUACGAAGACUAUGACAUUGAGUACUUUGAUGAGAAUAGAUUCGCUUUCCUAGGGAACGGUUUCGAUACUCGGGAGUUUGACGGAAGAGACAUUACCAAUUAUCUUGGAAGUCUCGAUGAUAAAGAUGUCGAACCACAAUACGGUGAUGAGCUGUUGAACCGCUUGGCUGGCUGGGCGAUAGGGAAGUAG